AUGGGAGGACAUGGUGGUUUAAAUAUCCUUCCACAGAAAAAGUGGAAUGUUUAUAGGCACGAUCGUCAGUACCAAGUAAAAUUCGAUGAACAUCGUGAUAUUGAAAAAAAACUCAAUGAUAAAGAAAAAUUAAAAAGAGAAGGAUUAAGUGAUUCAUUAGUAGAAUUAAGAAGAAGAGCACAGGAUAUACAAAAUAAAGAUAUUGACUUGGAAACUGAACUUAAUUACACUAAAGAUGAUUUUAAGAAUAAAUUACUAAAAAGAGAUAAAAAAAUAUAUAAACAAAAGGAAUUAGAAGUUGAAAAAACUGAUUUAUUACCGGAAUUUAAUGAAGAAACUGAUUUAUUACACGAAUUGAAUGAAGAAAAACCUGUAACAAGAUCAAAGGGUCAUAUUAAUUUUUUUGAAAAGGAGGAAAGAGAAGCUGAAGAGGCAAAUAUUAAAAGAAGAGAACAUUUAAUUAAAAGUGGCCAUUAUAUUUAUAAUUCAGAUUUUAAAGGCCCUAGAAAGGUCAAUGUUUACGUAGAUGAAGAAAAUCCUAAAGUUAUUCCAGAUUUUAAAAAACAACAAAAACCUUGGUAUAUGAGACCAAAAAUUACUGAAUUUAACGAUUUUACAGAUUUUAAUGAUUCUAACACUGAUUCUAAGUUGGUAGAAUCUAAUAUUAAACGUCGUAAAACUAAAGAAGAAUUACGUACUGAAAGAUUAUCAAGAGAAUCUUCUGAAAGAGAAAGAGCUUUAAAACUUUUAAAAUCAAAAUAA